AUAAAAAGCUUGCCCGUUGCAAGCAAGCACAAAUGUCAAGUUCUUACUAAAUCUAAAACGCUAAAUAAGCGGUUGGUUUGGGUACUUUGGGCGCCAAGAAAAGAAAAUAAAAAACAACGAAUCACGUAGUAUGGAAACAAUGGAAGUCACCCCAACCAUGAACAACCACGUUUCUAAAGACUACAAAGACGAAAAAAUGGAAGACAUCCCAGCAGAUGAAAUGACUUCUCGCGACUAUUACUUUGACUCGUAUGCACAUUUUGGUAUACAUGAAGAGAUGUUAAAAGAUGAAGUGAGAACUCUGACAUACAGAAACUCCAUGUAUCACAACAAACAUUUGUUUGCGGGUAAAGUAGUCAUGGACAUUGGAUGUGGAACGGGCAUUUUAAGUAUGUUUGCCGCAAAAGCAGGUGCUAAAAAGGUUCUUGCCAUAGAAUGCUCUAAUAUAGUAGAUUACGCUCGGAAAAUAGUAGAAGCCAACAAAUUAGAUCACGUCAUUACCAUAGUGAAGGGGAAAGUGGAAGAGGUGACUUUACCCGAUGGCAUCGAGGGUGUGGAUAUAAUUAUAUCAGAAUGGAUGGGAUAUUGCCUAUUUUACGAAAGUAUGCUGGACACCGUAUUAUUUGCACGUGAUAAAUGGCUGAAACCGGACGGUCUUUUGUUUCCCGACCGUUGUUCAUUGUUUGUUACUGCGAUUGAGGAUCGUCAGUACAAAGAUGAGAAAAUAAAUUGGUGGGACGAUGUAUACGGAUUUGAUAUGAGCUCAAUUCGGAAAGUAGCGAUCAGCGAACCACUCGUAGACGUAGUAGACCCGAAGCAGAUCGUAACUGGUCCUGCCUUAAUCAAAGAGGUCGAUUUAUACACGGUUAAGAAGGCAGAUUUGGAAUUUUCGUCUCCCUUCACACUCACGGUGAGAAGAAAUGACUAUGUCCAAGCCCUCGUUACUUAUUUCAAUGUGGAAUUCACUAAAUGCCACAAACGUAUCGGCUUCACGACCGCCCCGGACGCCCCGUAUACCCACUGGAAGCAAACCGUUUUUUACUUCGAAGACUACAUGACCGUUAAAAAGGCCGAAGAAAUUAAUGGUGUCUUUACCAUGAAGCCGAAUCCUCGAAACAACAGAGAUUUGGACUUUGUGAUCGAACUUAAUUUUAAGGGAGAACUAGGGGAAGUCCACGAGACAAAUAGAUAUCGCAUGCGUUAAGCUCUUAAUUUCGUGUGAAGUGCUUACCUUCUUAAAUACGGAUUACUUUGUCUUUUACAUCAAAACUGUAUAAAGCUAGUCCAUCUAAGUUCAUUUAUUAUAUAAUUAGUAUAAGUUCAUUUAUAAGUAUUGAUAAUUAGUGCAAGAAUUUCAGACGUUAAUUUGUAAUUUUUCUCGUGAUCGAUUUCUUGCACUAAUAAUAUUACCAUCUAAAUGUGUAUGAAUCAAUAAUAUGUUCGUUUAUUCUGGAAUUACUAAUUAUUAAUGCUUUAUACUACUUGAUUGUAUGAGUUCAGAUUUAAAAUUGUAAAAAAUCUGGGAACAGGUAGAUACCUCUUCUCGGUUAUGUACUUGACGAUCUGUGAAUUAGAUUUUAUUUAUCGUGUAAGAAUUAAAAGGAUUUAAUAACUGAACACUGUAUGAUAUUCAAUAAAUUUUUCAUUUUA